AUGACAAUAAUAUAUCAAUAUAAAGUAGCUAAUACUGGACUUGGAACAUUUACUAAAUUGUUAGCUAGAUGGAGGGGUAGUGUGUACAAGUUACUUUAUAAAGAAAUGCUUAUAUAUUCCGCUCUUUACACCUUAAUCGCUUUGAUAUAUCGGUUGGUACUAAAUGAAGAUCAGAGAACAUUAUUUGAAAAGGUCGUGUUAUCAUGUAAUCAGUAUACUUCCUAUAUUCCUCUGUCAUUUGUUCUCGGAUUUUACGUUUCCAUGGUAGUUUCAAGAUGGUGGAGACAAUUCCAGAAUUUUCCUUGGCCCGACAGGACUGUAUUCAUGUUGUGUUGUUAUCUUCCCGGACAAACAGACAGGAAGCGGAUACUCAGGAGAACAGUUGCAAGAUAUCUGAUGUUUGGAAUUAUACUUAUAGCUCGUUCAAUUAGUGUUGCUGUUAUGAAAAGAUUUCCUACGCUUGAUCACAUAGUAGAAGCGGGAUUCAUUACAAAAGAGGAAGCAAUGAUGUAUGAAAACAUCGAUUGCAGAUACAACAAGUUUUGGGUUCCCUUCAUGUGGAUCAAUAGUGUACUUGUAACAGCGAGAAAAGAAGCUCUAAUACAAACUGAAUGGGGACUCAGAAUGAUAGUAGAGCCUCUUGCAGACAUUAGAGAUACUUGUUCCAAGUGUUUUGUAUAUGACUGGAUAACAAUACCUUUGGUUUACACCCAGGUUGUAACGUUAGCCGUGUAUACAUUUUUUGCAACCACAUUAGUCAGUCAACAGUUCCUUGAUCCUUCAAAGAACUACAAAGGUUAUGGAAUGGAUUUUUAUAUUCCCAUAUUCACAUUGCUUCAAUUUUUUUUCUAUAUGGGGUGGCUAAAGGUAGCAGAACAGUUAAUCAAUCCGUUUGGAGAAGAUGACGAUGAUUUUGAUAUAAACUGGUUGAUAGAUAGACACGCUGCUGUUGUUAUGGCUUUAGUGGACCAAAUGUGUGACCAAUGUCCUCCUCUUAUAAAAGACCUACAUUUUGAAAACAUGUUUACUGAAGUUCCAUAUACGGAGGCGUCAAUUGGAUCUAAAAGGCCAAUGUUUCUGGGUUCAACAUACAACCUGGCGUCACCGACUAUCCGCGAACAAAGAAUAGUGUUGGGGGAUGUGAUGGAUCAAGACUCUAAUCGACACAUGUCUUUUGGAAGUAAUGCUGCUGGAUCGUUACUUAGUGUUGUUACCGGUAGAUCAUCGUAUUCACGACCACAGUUUUUUAGCACUAAUUCUCAUGAUCAUUUAUACAACAUGCCACUAGAAAAACAAUACAUGGAUUACCAGCCAAAGCCAAAUGGUUACAAUCCUGAAACAAUGAGUAAUAUGGACGAAGAAUUAGAUUUCAAAAAGCCGUCCAACUUGAGACCUCCCAGAAUGAGCAAACGACAGUCAUGGUCCUCUGAUUCUAGUCUUACGAAACGAACUUUGGCCAGAGUUGCAAUCACGGGGAGAGAUAGAUCUAAUACGGAUUCCAGAAAGUCAAGGAAAAGAAAAGUUAGUUUUCCUUUACAUUUAAUUAAAUUCUUCAGUAGAACAGACUCGAGGAAAUCUUCAAAUGAUUCAAAUUCAACUGUUAAGUCCAUAGGGAAGAUGUCAGCUAAAACGAGAAGCUUCGAGGAAGGACUUGAAAAAGACUUUGAUUAUGCACAGGAAUACGUGCCACUUAAACGUGCAAAUGUUGACUCAGAGGAUGAUGAAAAUUCAAAUGAAAGAGUAGUGAAAAGUAAAGCCAGAAGGAGAAAAACAAGUUGUCCUCCAAAUCUUUUUGAACAUGCUUCCGAUAUCAAGCGAAAACUAUCCUCGCCAAAUACCAAUGAAAAAACAUCCAGAUUUACUGUCGAGAAGAUAUCAGAUGGGUCAGACAUGGAUGCUCGUUCUAUGCAGCGAAGAAAUGCCCAGAAGAUAGAAAAGGUUAUAUCUGACCAUGCUGUUUCACGCGCACCUUUGCUGUCUGCAAUAGAAGAAGGAGGAACAAUAACAAGUAUUUCACAGUUAGAGGAUACUGUUAUCAGACCAUCACCUACAAUACAGGAGGAAGAAGAAAUCUUUGAGUUUGGAGAUGGUCAAAAAAUGGUUUUAAUCCCUGUAAUUCAAGUCAACGGGCAGGUCGCUGAUAAUAUACAAUAAUAUUGUUAGAAUGUUACCAUUAUAUGUAACAUUUCUUAGUGUUUCGCAUGGAAAAUGCUUUUACCCUACAGUAUUACUUCACCAAUGUGAACUGAUCGUGCAGGAUUUAGUCGUACGUAAUGAAAGGAGUUUCUACUUGAGAAAAUGAUAACUUUAACAGAUUUGAUAGUGCUUUGUAAUGAAUUCUAGUCAAGCAUCUCAUUACAAAAGUUUUCGAAAUUGAAAGUGAACCGAACUUUGCA